CGCUUUCAGGCAUUUGUGUGGGACAAGCCCGGGGGGCUUGAAGGGGCUUUGUUCGGCAACUUUUACUGUGGGGAAUUCUAUGUCAAGUUUCGCAGAUGCCGCCUAAAGGGAAAAGCGGUUCUGGAAAAGGAGGGAAAGGGGGAGCAGCAUCUGGGAGUGACAGUUCUGACAAGAAGUCUCAGGGUCCCAAAGGUGGUGGCAAUGCAGUAAAGGUCCGGCAUAUUCUGUGUGAGAAACAUGGAAAAAUCAUGGAAGCCUUGGAAAAGUUAAAGUCUGGAAUGAGAUUCAAUGAAGUGGCCACACAAUAUAGUGAAGAUAAAGCCAGGCAGGGGGGUGACCUGGGUUGGAUGACCAGAGGGUCCAUGGUGGGACCAUUUCAAGAAGCAGCAUUUGCUUUACCUGUAAGCGGCCUGGACAAACCUGUGUUUACAGACCCUCCAGUUAAGACAAAAUUUGGAUAUCAUAUCAUUAUGGUUGAAGGGAGAAAAUAAAAUUGUGUGGAAUACAGAAUGUAUUUUAUACAUUCUGUUUAUUUCUUUAAAAGAUGUUAAAUAAUCCUUAUAUUUUAUGAACUCUGUUAUUGUGGUUUUGUAAGUGCAAAAUUGGGUGGGUAGAGGUUGCUAUACACUACAGUAGGUAUUCAGUCAGUGGUUCUCAAAGAUGGAUCAAGCAGACUCCUUUUAACCUGUCAUUCUUUUCCUCCCAGAACUAAUUUAUCUGAUUCUCAGUAUAUCCAUAAGUUAAUGUAGAAACCAUCUCUAGGGGAGUCAGGUAUCAGCUCCCACUAUUCACACAUUGAAUUGGGCAGCAAAAAGACAGAUUAGCAUAUGAAAAUCAUAACAUGGGUUCCUAGACAACACUUCUUUUAUAUGUUAGUCAACUGUGAUCUGCCAGGACAAUUAUUAGCUCCACUGUCUUAACAUAGUACAUGGAACACAAAUGGCCAUUCAACAUUAACUCCUGUGUUUUAAAAUAAAUGUUUAUUGGGGGGAGGGGAGGCACUCAGUUCUUAUACUGGGUGUUUGUACUAGACUGAGCAGCCAUUCACCAAGUGUUGGUUAAAGGGAGCAAAUGAGAAACAUUUGCUCAUCUUCAAAUGUACAGUUUAUAUAUGACCAUCCUUCCCAGGACUAAUGUUUUGUGUGUCUACAUUUUUUAAAUUUAUAAUUCCAUAUUUAUAUCCUCAGGCGAAGACUUAAAUGAAUUAAUAGAUAAAUAAAAUGAAACUUCACCAACACAACUAUG